GAAAAAAAACAGGCCGAACUUUCUCGUCGAAAUCGAAUUUCAUUUAUAAGAUUCCGACAGCCAUCAUUCGAGGCAAUUGUCAAGCAGCAAACAGCGAAAUUUUCGUGUGAUUUUCAGUCAGAAAUCAAGUAAACAGUUAAACCAAACAAACAAAAUGGUUCGUCGUGGACGUUCUGCCAGCCCCCCGCCAUCCGCUCGUCGUAGCGCACCGGCCCCAGCUCCCGCACCUGUGCCAGCACGUGCCGCAGCCCCACCACCACCACCGGCACCCGUUGCCGCUCCACCCAGCGCCGUGGGCAUGCCGGCACCCCAGCAGCCGUCUAUGUUCCAGCAGAUGGCCGCCACCGCCGGUGGUGUGGCCGUUGGAUCGGCUAUUGGACACACCGUGGGCGCGGGCAUCACCUCGCUGUUCAGCGGAUCCGGCGACAAGGAGGCAGCUGCUCCAGCACCCGCCGCAGCGGCCCCGGCCCCCCAGCAGCAGUACUACGCCCAGCAGCCACAGCAGACGGAGCCGCAGGGUGCCUGCGCCUGGGAGAUCAAGCAGUUCCUCCAGUGCGCCCAGGGUCAGGCGGACUUGUCGCUCUGCGAGGGAUUCAACGAGGCGCUGCGGCAGUGCAAGCAGGCGCAUCACCUGCAGUAGAGGCCGCCCCCCCAGAUAGACCCACAAACUACCCACUACCUCGGCAGCACAGUAUGGAGCACAGACACCUUCCGGGCGCCGAGCGCUUGUUUCUAAUUUUCGUUUAGUUCUAAUUGUUUUGAUGAGAAGGCAUCCAAAAGAGAGCAUGUUUUAAUGUAGUGCGAAGAAAUGUUGAAUAGAUAUGUUCUCCAUUGGCAGUUUCCCACUGAAUCCCCAGCAUAAUCCACUUCCGGUAACACACACUUCCCUCACCCUUUGGGAUUGCCAAUGGAAACGAAACAAAAAAAAAAAAAA